AGGUGACGUACGUACUUGCAAGUUGCACUUUGUCCUCCGUUGAAGUCUUGUCUUUACUAUUGACAUUAAGCCACAUAAGAUCAGAACGAGUCCUCAAGCUCAAAUCCUCAUCUUUUGACUAUUGGCAUACCGGAGCUCUCGACGCUAAGCACAAAUCCUCGGUCGAUGAUUCCCGUCUCUCGUACCCUGCAGGAAUUUUAAUCUGCUCAGAGCACUCCUCAUGAAAUGGUCUUCGGAUAUAUUGCUAUCAAGAUCGUCAUUCGUCAUUCCACGCCCUGGAGUUGCGGGCGUUCGAUUAACUGGAGUAUUAGAGCAUGUAAUACCUGAUCACAGUGCAGGUCGUCGAUUAGCUCUGAUCAUUCAUGGUGCCGUAGGGUACAAUCUACUGGCAAGAUGCCUGCCAUUACACUCAUUUUGCUUCGACUGUCGUGGCAAUCAUGAGUCAAGCGGACAAACAAGUUCCGUUUUGACUGAAGCCGCCGAUUUACAGGUUGUUUAUGACUAUAUGACUAUGAAAUUGGGAUACAUUAUUGAUCUAAUCGUUGCGCAUUCGCGAGGAGCAAUCAGUUCUUUCAUCUGGAUAUGCACAUCCCCAGAUGCGGAACGUAAUGGCUAGGCAUGAUGUCAGGGCGGAACAUCCCUGCAGUCGGGAUUAUGGAAUGUUGUGUUGGAAACAGUGCGAAUGAUAUGCUCUGCAUCAUCUCGGAACCAUGGAACUGUCGAAGCAAUGAAGAGGGUGCUGGGAU